ACCACCAGCGCCAUCUGCACCAUCUGCACCAUCCUCAUCGCCAGCACCACUGGCCAGAAUGGCCCCCACCACCAGCGCCAGGAAGCUUGUGCUGAGAGCACCGCGGUUCUCGGACGGCGAUCCAUCGACAUGGGCUGCAUUCCUGGGCGAGCCGGGCGCAUUUCCUUCAGAGGCCGAGGAGAAGGCUGUCCUGCAGCAACUCGGCAAGAUCAUGUUCAAGCAGGCGAGCACAAAUCCAAGGCUGCAAUCGUGUAUAGACUUCAAUGUGCCUCGAGCAUCAGUCGAUUUCGAAAAGGACAUCCACUCGAUUGAUGGACUGGAGGCUCUUCCCAGUGGAUACCGGAUGAUCAAGACCCCCGGGGCUUUGCAAGGAUCGAUGCCAUUGAUAUAUGGCCACCGCUUCCGUGUGCCUUUCAGAGACCUGGGCUCAUUUGCGGAGCAUCUGCAGUGGCUCUACAGAUCAAUGACGCCGCACGCACCAUGUCUAUGCCGCAUUUGCACCCUGAAACAAACCGCGAAUCCAGAGAAAGCAGAGGUCCAAACAGCCAAGGCACACAUUCCAACGCUACUGAUCAAACCCGAUCCCGAUCGAACCCAUAGUUUGAGACAUGAGGAAACAGCACCCGGAGCGGCUGGGCCGAGCCAAGUCCCCAAAUCAACCAAAGAUGCUGCUGCCAGCUCAGCACCUCCCCAUAGGAGGGUUAUCUCCGACAGUCUGUCUCAGCCAGACAGAAUCGCUGCAAGCUAUUCCGACCCCGGUGGCCCAGUGCCUUCUUCCACUGAACCUGCUGCUGCGCCGCCGACCCCAAGGCAGCCAAAGACGCCCCAGAUUUCCGCUGAGAUAUCCGUGGAACCUGAGGAAAAUGCAGCCCCAAAUGACUCAAAUAUUGUGUCGGCACCAACUGGAAUUACGGCCUUGCAGCGAGCAGGACUGUCAGUCACAAGUGCCAGCUCUGAGAGUCCCUCCGCACGCAUCAGCUCCAGAUCACCUCCAGAGCCGUCUCCGGCUCCAAAGCCUAUGCCCCAAUGGCGUGACGAAGCGGCUUUGCCUCAACCUGGCUCGUCCUCCCAUGGUGGUGCUACAGCUUCGAACAUCGCGGGUUCAUCCACUGGAGCAGACGACUCUGGGCCAGCUUUGGACACGUCGGAUCGAGACCAGUUUCAGACAGCAGCAACGCGAACAUCCAUCGAUAUGAUAGACGCCGCUCCAGCGAACAAACUACUGGACGCCAUCGGCCAGCUGACUUCACUGACUGAGGGAGGCACACUGACCCGGGCGUCGCUCGACCCAGUCCUUUCUCUGGAGUCCUUCGCACUCCUUGCGGAGCAGUACCGAACAGUUGCAGCACAACUGGAGAGCUUUGUCAAGCUGACCGCCAAAACAUCCACCGAUACCUCUGAUAGCACCGCACCCGCAAGUGCUACCUCUCACUCCUCUGCACCGCAUCCUGCGCCUGUGCUGGAUUCGGCCUCUGCGGCAAGCUCGGCCCCUGCAACGAGUCAUGUACUGUAUCAAGAUUCGAACAGCGCUUCGUCCUCUGUUGCAACGGCUGCCACAAAGCCCGACGAUAUACCGUUUCCACAGCCGAAUCAAGAACAACAGACAGCCAACCAAGUUGAGGGGCUGACGGCUGCCAAGCUCCAACCAGCGUAUCCGCAAGGGGCUCGCCACCACAACCCAGAGAAUGUGCUGAGCGACAGUGCAACAUCGCUCUCCAGACAGGGAUUUCACACACGGACAUCCGCUCGGGGCACUGAAAGCCCCGCUGGUAUUCGGCCUAGUGCCUCAAUGGAAGCGAGACACUAUCAGACGCUCUCAGCCCUGGAGCAGCAGCAGCAAAUUCAGCAAGCUCAACAAGCACAGCUGGCCAAGCAGAUGCAAGAAAUGAAGCAGGCGGAACAAAGGCAGAUCCAGCAAGUGCAGCAAAUGCAAGAGAUGUGGAAAAGAGCACAGCAACAGCAGCAACAGCAGCAACAGCAGAAACUGCAGCUACAGCUGCAACAACAGCAGAAGACUCCACCCAUAUCGACAACUCCACAGCUCUACCAACCUCGACCGACUUCCGUACCGCUGACGAGCCCAUUGGCCAAUAUCUCUGCGACGGCCAAAGGCGAUGCCAUGUCACCUUUGCAUUCUCAACAGACAUGGAUCCAAACCAUAGGCCGUCCCUAUCAACACCCGGAUCCGCGAGAAGCUGCAUAUGUCGCCAGUGCGUCCGCCAACCCCUCGGUUUCCGGCCCCAUGCCUCAAGUGCCUGCCGCCAAUCAGGACCCGAAUAUGGAGAGCGCCAAGACCCUCAUCGCACAAACUUUUCAAAUCUUGGGAUCAGCCCACUCAGUUGAGACCAAGCGGAUGCUGUUGCAGCAUAUUCUUUCAAACACAGCCACCCCGAUCAUCGCCAUGACUCUGGCAGCCAUCCAAUCGGCCGGCGCCCGCAUAUCACCCGAAAACAAGCAGAUAUUGAACGCAGCUCUGCAAGGAUUCAAGCCAGGGUCUGCUCUCCUACAGCCCAAAAACCCGCCUAUGCCACAAGGCAUCAUUCCAAAAUAUGAAUUUCCACCACCGUCGGGCCCCCUGUGGAUAUCGGACCCAACCUCUCGGACAGCAAUUCCCUCGGCUUUCCCUGUGGCCACCAAUCCGCUACUCGGUCCCCAUGUACCGCUUGGGACGCCUGCUCGUCCGAGACCGGACAUGGUUCCAAACCAACCGCCACAAUACGUACCCCCUUUCACUGGUCAGAUCGGCCGGUCUGGUCUUGUGCUGCAGCCGCAACCCUUGGCCGAUCUCCAGCACACACCUGUGCCGAUGGCUGCUCGAAUGACACAAGGAAGGCUGCCGCUCCCACCUGGCAGCCAGCAUGUGCCUACACCCGGUACAUCUGCUGCUGUCGCAAUUGGCAGCGCGCAACUUGUCUCCCCGUCCAUCAGCGGCGCGUUAAACCCGAACGCGGCUGAGCAUGCAACAGUGGUGCACCCAACUGCCAAUCCGACCCCGGCGAGAGGCACAACUUCCGUUUCGGUAGUUCAUCCAUCUCUACGCGGGCAGAGAUCAACAUCCGUCCCCGUGGCAGAACAAUCGGCCCCCACAACGACCCCAAGUAAGAAGGAGACUGGGCCCCAAGGCACCAGCUCGACAGCCAAGAGAAAGUGGCCCAGUCUCGCAACUCACAGUGACAAAAAGGCCAAAACAAUAAGCCCGACUGGUGAUCGGCCAACCCCCUCCCUCUUUCGCAAGAUGGAUGUGGUGUGCAUUCCGGUAUAUUUGAAGCUCCUCGAACAGGCCCCGAUUAUCCGCCCAGGCAUGAGCGCCCCCUGGGAUCCAGCUUCUCUCGAGAAUCAGCGCCUAUACUGGCCCGCACAAGUCCGGCAGAUUCAUGGACAAAGGUCAGCAAAGGUUUGGACGACUCCUUUGAUUGUGCAGCAAGCCCCGGAUGUGCCCUCGAGCAGCACUGGGCUCCAGAAACAAAGAGUGCAUGUGCAGAUUCACACCCCCCAGGUCUUCCUGUCCAUCGAUCAGAGUGAUAUGUACGUCUACGAACUGUCGCUGUUCGAGUGCGAGUCCAUCGCCAUCCGUCUACCGGAGUUAUGUCUGCUUCCAUAUCUUGAAGUCUACCCGCACUCGGUCGUCAUUCCUGGAUUUAUGAAUUCGGAGUUCAUUCAACGUCCUGGAAAAAUCGACCCGGUCCUCUUGAUGUACUUCAAGGCCCAUCACGUGUGCUAUCAGCGGCUCUCUGCAUCGCUGAUUAUGUACAGCCGAUUGCAGCUCCCGUUACCGCUCGCGGGCGUGACAGGUGCGACGCCUUCGGUCAUGGCAGAGCUGGAUUGCUACAGAGCCCUCGUACUUGGGCCAGUGACUCUGUGGACCACCGAUCGGAUCUGGGUCGCAGAGCAGGGAUCUGUGUUGCUCAAGAAGAUAGUCAUGUUCUGCUUCCACCGAACGACAAAGAUGACCAAGGUGCUCUGCGUCUCGCUGGAUCCGGAAGGCGGUCGGGCCGGCAGCGACCCAGAAGGCGAUCGAUCAUUGGACAGGACUGCAGCCUUGAUUGACAUAUCCCAGGUCGUGGGGCGAGUCUACGAGAAAUGGCCGUAUCAGAAGAAGCAUCUGGCUCUUGGUCGGAUGAUCUCACCCGGCACCCUGGCACGGUUUCAAUAAAGUCGUGAAGGAUAA